UUUCUUGCAGUGGAAGAACCCAGUGCUGAUCCUGCUCGUGCUCCAGCAGCUGCCCUUUCUAACCUCGGCUUCUCUGUCCAACACCCCCACCCCACCCCACCCCACCCCCGCUUCCUGUUCCGCUGCCCUCGCCCAUGAAGAGGGGCACCCGCUCCCACUCCUUGAGACCCCUGUGAUGUCGCCCCCCUGCUGUGGUUUCCUGUCACAGUACACCCACCACCAUCUGGUUACCUUCCUCCUCACCUUCUUUAGCUAUGUCCUGCUCCAUGCCUCGCGAAAAACCUUCAGCAAUGUGAAAGUGAGCAUCUCCGCACAGUGGACGCCGUCCGUGUUGAAUGGGAGCUCUCCUGCCUACUCCCCUGGACAGACCUGGGAGGAGAAUAAGCUGUUUGAAGACUCUCAGGAGGCUACUUUGUUCCUCGGGGCUCUGGAUACCAUCUUCCUCUUCUCCUAUGCCAUAGGUCUCUAUGUGAGCGGGGUGAUCGGGGACCGUCUAAACCUGCGCUAUGUGCUGUCCUUCGGGCUCUGUGGCUCUGCCAUAGUGGAGUUUCUGUUUGGAACUGUGACUGAGUGGCUGCACUUCUACAACAUCUACUUCUACUGUUGCCUGUGGGUACUCAAUGGCUUGCUGCAGUCAGCUGUGUGGCCCUGCGUGGUGGCUGUCAUGGGCAACUGGUUCGGCAAGUCUGGCCGAGGUUUUGUGUUCGGCCUGUGGAGCGCCUGUGCCUCUGUGGGGAACAUCUUGGGUGCAUUCCUGGCUUCCAGUGUCCUGAAGUACGGGUACGAGUAUGCCUUCCUGGUAACUUCUGCUGUGCAGUUUGCUGGUGGAGUUGUGGUCUUCUUCGGCCUGCUCAGCUCUCCCAAGGAAGUGGGACUCAGCAUGACCUGUGAGUCCGCUAUGAGCCCGGUGCAGAAUGACUCGGACAGCCAUCGGCCACUUAUCAGUGAUGAGGAAUAUGCGCAGGAGGAAGAGGGGGUGAUGUGUGAUGGGGGCUACUACUCUGUUCAGCGCUCGGACCAGGACCAGGACCAGGCCCCGGAGCUGGGGGACCCACCAGUCGCCAUUGGAUUUUUCCAGGCCUUCUGCCUUCCUGGCGUCCUCCCGUACUCUUUGGCAUACGCCUGUCUGAAGCUGGUCAACUACUCCUUCUUCUUCUGGCUGCCCUUUUACCUCAGCAGUAACUUUGGCUGGAAGGAGGCGCAGGCAGACCGGCUCUCGGUGUGGUACGACGUGGGUGGGAUUGUGGGUGGGACUGUACAGGGCCUCAUAUCGGACUUCCUAGGAAAACGAGCCCCGGUGCUUGCAGUGAGCCUGCUUCUGGCCAUGGGCUCCCUGGUGGGCUACAGUCACUCACCAGAUAAUCAGGUGAUAAAUGCCGUGCUCUUAGCGGUUACAGGAUUCUUCAUCGGUGGCCCCUCCAACAUGAUCAGCUCAGCCAUCUCGGCCGACUUGGGGCGCCAGGAGGUGCUCCGCGGAAGCCAGGAGGCACUUGCUACAGUCACCGGGAUUGUGGAUGGCACCGGCAGUAUCGGCGCAGCAGGUGGACAGUACCUGGUAUCCCUGAUCGAGAGCAGACUGAGCUGGAUGCCUGUCUUCUAUUUCUUCAUCACCAUGACGGGGGUCAGCCUGCUGUUCAUUGGACCCAUGAUUAUCAGCGAGCUGCGCUCUGUAUGUCAGGAGAUGCGGACACGGGUGCACCAGUUGUGACAUAAGACUCUCCACAGACACACGCACGCACAGGGGCCCCCGGAACAAAGCGUGCAGCGGUACAUGUCUCUAGACGUGGACUGCGCAACCAAUGUCCCUGGGAGGGAAUUCGUCUGCAGGAGUGUUGUGCCAAGUGGACUGCGAACCCCACUGUGAAUUGGUGCAGAGGCAGGCGCAAAUAGGCACUGUGUAACUGAUUUGAAUCCCAGUGUAAGAGUCACCGACAAGUAACAGCUUGACACAGUACGUCCCAUAGUUUUUAUGCUGUAUAUAAACGUAUGUCACCUGGAUUAGCAUUUUUAAUCAAGCCUGUCUCCCCCGUCGCAAGAGUUGCAGCCACUUUAUUGUCAGUCACGCGUUCUGGACCUUCACCGUUGCGACUCGGUUCUUUCAUACACUCGGGAGAGCUCUCGCAUCCAAUUCCACCACUCGGCUCUUGCGAGACGAGCUGUUCCUGCGCUGUAAAUUCAUAACGGCAUUUGAGUGUGAACUGUUUGGCAGCUACGCUGAAACUUCUUGAACAAAAUCAUUACGCACGAGUGAUGCGAUUGUGACACAGUUUCGAAUUAGUCUCAUGUUUGUAAACGGAAGCAGGUGGGGCAGCAGGUGGCACAGUGGUUCGAGGCUCUGCCUCUGGACUCGGAGGAUACAGGUUUGAAUCCCACCUCCUGCCCUAAUACCUUUUGAGUAAGGUACUUACCCUGAAUUCCUCCAGGAAAAAUUACCCCGCAGUGUAUGUAGCUCUUGAAAAAAGAUGUUAUUUUGUUGGAUACUAAUGUGAUUCAGAGGUGGCCGGUCAAGUGCUGUAUACACUAAACCACACAAUUUUGACAGACCUCAAAUCUAAACCUCUUAAGAAAAUGUGUUGCAUUGAAAUGACCACAGCAGAAAGCAUCACUUGUUCUUAAAAUUUAGUUAAUUGCUUCACAUUUGCACUUGAAUGUAAAAGACUUUGUCCAUUUUUCUGAAAUAAAAGUAGUUUAUAUGUGUUUAAAUGAUGAGCUCAGAUCAGUUUU